UGCAAUGGCGUCCGGGCUGGUGAGGCUGUUGCUGCCGGGGUCUCGCUGCCUCCUGGCUCCGGCCGCCCCGGCACUCGCGCCGCCGGUUCGAGGAGUGAAGAAGGGAUUCCGCGCCGCCUUCCGCUUCCAGAAGGAGUUAGAGCGGUGGCGCCUGCUCCGGUGCCCGCCGCCGCCCGUGCGCCGUUCAGAGAAGCCCAACUGGGAUUACCAUGCUGAAAUACAAGCAUUUGGACAUCGGUUACAGGAAACCUUCUCCUUAGAUCUUCUCAAAACUGCAUUUGUUAACAGCUGCUAUAUUAAAAGUGAGGAGGCCAAGCGCCAAAAACUUGGACUAGAGAAAGAAGCUGUUCUUCUGAAUCUUAAAGAUAAUCGAGAACUGUCUGAACAAGGGUCAUCUUUUUCACAAACUUGCCUCACACAAUUUCUUGAGGAUGCGUUCCCAGACUUGCCCACUGAAGGCAUUAAAAGUCUUGUUGACUUUCUCACUGGGGAGGAAGUGGUGUGUCACGUGGCUAGAAACUUGGCUGUGGAGCAGUUGACGCUGAGUGCAGAAUUUCCAGUCCCCCCGACUGUGUUGCAGCAGACUUUCUUUGCAGUGAUUGGAGCCCUGCUCCAGAGCAGUGGACCCGAGAGGACUGCACUUUUCAUCAGGGACUUCUUAAUUACUCAAAUGACUGGAAAAGAACUCUUUGAGAUUUGGAAGAUAAUAAAUCCCAUGGGGCUCCUGAUAGAAGAAUUGAAGAAAAAGAAUGUUUCAGCUCCUGAAUCUAGACUGACUAGGCAGUCUGGAAGCAGCACAGCUUUGCCCGUGUAUUUUGUUGGUUUAUAUUGUGAUAAGAAGUUGAUUGCAGAAGGACCUGGGGAGACAGUACUGGUUGCAGAAGAAGAAGCUGCCCGAGUGGCACUUAGGAAACUCUAUGGGUUCACUGAGAAUAGGCGGCCCUGGGACUAUUCCAAGCCCAAAGAGGGGUUGAGAGCAAAAAAGACCAUCACUGCCAGCUGACCAGCCAAAGAUGUGGCAACCUGAAAUUUGUGAGCAAAACAAUGAGACUACAUGUCAGAGACGUUCAGAGUUGGACAUUUUUCAAAUUGUACAGAAAUAUGUCUUAUUCCUCAUACUAAGUUCUGAGUGUCUAAAAUUAAAUAAGUAUUCAUCAGGUCAGCUUUUUUUUGUCUCUUUAUAAUCAUUUUUGUUUUAUCAAGUCUUUUUUUGAUGUUUUUCCAAUAAAUUUUUCCUAAAGUCCCUGA